CCGGUCGGGUGCCAUGUUGGAAGCGAGUGGAGUGAGGAUGAGGAGAUGUGUCCUGGAGCGGGAAGGAAAGCCUGAGAGAGAGGGAGAAGAGGGGGCAAGGCACUGAGAGAGAGGGAGAGAACGAGCGAGUGGGAGCCGGAGGGAUUAGCGGUGAACGCUGAGCGGCGCGUCGAGGAGGGCGGUUGUCGGGCCCCGGGGCGGCUGUGAAGCUGCGAGGGCUGCCGCGGAGCAGAGAGCGGCGGCGAAGGGAAGGCCCUGACUCGAUGGCGGCGCUGCCGAUGAGACGCCUCUCUCUCAUCCUCCUCGGCUCUUUGUUCGCAUUGAGGGCGGAAAACCCGGCGCAGGAGGAACCGGGGCCGCCUCUUCUGGAGUUCCGCCGGCCUCCCCCUCUCCUCCAUCUCCUCUUGCUGCCGCCGGGCCGCUGGCAGAACGGGGCCGCGGGCCGAGCGCCCAGCCCGGAGCAGGUGAGUGGCCCUGGCAGCUGGGCAGCCGCUCCGGGUCGAGCUUCCUGCUACCGGGCCGAUUGCUCCCAGCACACCGGGAGGGAUGCCAGCGCUAAGACCGAGAAAAAGAGAAACUGCCCGGACGCUGCACAAUGGCAACGGGACAAGGAUGUAACCGAACAGCGUGCCAGUGAAGCCUGUAGGAACCGGGGGCAUCAGGGCUUCAGAACUAUUCCAGCAAAGAAACUGCUACACAGCCGCCGGCGCUACCGCGGUUUCUACCGGACUCUCAGCCACUCCGUCUUAUUGUCUUGUGCAGAAAGCCUCCCCUCCGAGAAGAAGCAGAGGGGCCUCGAACCCAGCUUCUUGUUCUACCGGCCUCUCUUUAUCCACUCGCUGUGUCUGGUCCGGGACAAUAGCUCCAGGAAAUCGUUUUGGAGUCAGCAUUCAAGCAAGUCCAACACCUGGCCUGCAAAGAACGGAGGACUCUCGUGGGAUCUGCCCCGGGACUGUGCUGAAGUUGCCUUAAAUACCCGGAAUGUUAAGCGAGGUUGCCUGUACCUGAAGGACGAAGAAAGGAAUGUGAAACUAGGAGCGUGUUUGAAACAUUGUCCAGACCUCCUCCUUAGUAGUGUUAUGUAUCGUCUGUUUGAGUGCUACCUUUUUAACCCCGAGGAAACAUUGUAUAAACGUUGCGCACAGCAGGCAAACAACGUGAACCACGCUUUUAGCCGUCACCUGCACCAACACAGGAAUCACUGUGUUAACCCGUGUCUAAGUCAAUGCAUGAAAUACGGUUCACUUGACGACAGGACAGAUUGGCCUGCAUCGAAUUUAAGUGAAAGUAGAUUUAGGUGUAUCAGCGGAUAUUUUUGGCGAUUAAUAAAUCCUCGCAAUUGCAAUCUGUGUCCAAAAUUGUGCCUAGUUAUUUUUACAAAUCUGUGUUCUUCGGGAGGAUCACAUAGUUUGAAUAACGAGAUUUCAGCACCAUCCGCGGCAUGGACAGCUCCCGGUUUGGCGAGAGAAGCAUCUCCAAGUCAAACACUCUGCAACCCUGACAACAGAACAAAGAGCUUAGGGGCACCCGCGACAAACCUUUCCCGUCCUCUCAACUGUGAAGAUUUUCACAGUGCGCAGUUCUUUAAAGCCACCAAAGGUUGUUUAAAAAGUCUGCUGUUUGGACUUAGGCCAAGGAACCAUUCAAACAGAGAUCUACUUAUACUCUUCCAGUUAAAUUCCAGCAAAGCUAUGCAAUUUGAGACGUUUAAUCCCCGAUUUAGCAAGCGGGGAAAGAGAGCAGUCUUUUCUUUACCAUUAACGAGAACUAGUAGAUCGGUCAAUCGUCGCCCUCAUUUUCCACAAUAUAAUUACCAGGUUCAGGUGGCGGAGAACCAGCCUCCAGGGACACAUGUAAUCUCCAUUACUGCAGUGGACCCAGAUUCUGGAGAGGCUGGGAGGCUGUAUUACUCUCUGGCUUCGUUGAUGGACAGCAGAUCCAUGGAUUAUUUUACGAUUGAUGCUGAAAGAGGGCUGCUGUCAACCAGCAAAAUACUGGACAGGGAAAGCAUGGACCUGCACUAUUUCCGAAUCACAGCUGUCGAUCACGGUAUCCCUCGCCUCUCUGCCACCACCAUGAUCUCCAUAACAGUGAAGGACACGAAUGAUCACAAUCCAGUGUUCGAACAAGCCGAAUAUAGGGAAACCAUUCGAGAGAAUGUAGAGGAAGGUUAUCCCAUCUUGCAGCUCCGAGCCACAGAUAUAGACUCUCCUUCCAAUGCCAAUAUCAGGUAUCGAUUUAUGAAUCAGCAAGCCACACAUGCUGUUUUUGAAAUUGAUGCCAGGUCAGGUUUAAUUACUACCCGUGGAUCUGUGGAUAGAGAAACUAUGGAAAAAUAUUCCCUCAUUGUAGAAGCCAAUGACCAAGGUAAAGACCCUGGCCCUAAAAGUGCCACAGUAAAAGUUUACAUUACUGUCCUCGAUGAAAAUGACAACAUCCCACAGUUUAGUGAGAAACGUUACAUUGUCCAGGUGAGGGAAGACAUCAGGCCACACACACAGAUCUUGCAAGUUACUGCCACAGACUUCGACAAAGACAAUAAUGCUUUGGUUCAUUACAAUAUAAUUAGUGGAAACAGCAGGGGGCAGUUCUCCAUUGAUAGUCUUACUGGUGCCAUUGAGGUGGUAACACCUUUAGAUUUUGAGGUGGAGCGUGAAUAUGCCUUGCGUGUUCGUGCUCAGGAUGCAGGUCGACCACCUUUAUCCAACAAUACAGGAAUGGUCAGUAUUCAGCUGGUGGAUGUUAAUGAUAAUGCUCCUAUCUUUGUAAGUACCCCAUUUCAGGUUUCUGUCCUUGAAAAUGCACCUCUUGGACACUCUGUAAUCCAUAUCCAAGCUGUGGAUGCAGAUUAUGGUGAAAAUGCCCGUCUGGAAUAUAGACUGACUGACACAGCUAGUGACACACCAUUUGUGAUAAACAGUGGAACAGGCUGGAUCACAGUUAGUGCACAAUUGGAUCGGGAAUCUGUUGAACAUUAUUCUUUUGGAGUGGAAGCUCGGGAUCAUGGUUCUCUAUCUCUAUCUGCUUCAGCAAGUGUCACUAUUACAGUGAUGGAUGUUAAUGAUAAUCGACCAGAAUUUACACAGACGGAAUACUUUAUCCGCUUAAAUGAAGAUGCUGCAGUUGGUACCAGUGUACUGACAGUAACUGCAGUAGAUAGAGAUGUGAAUGGGGUGGUUACAUAUCAGAUCACAGGUGGGAAUACAAGGAACCGCUUCAGUAUCAGCACCCAAGGUGGUAUGGGGAUCAUUACACUAGCUUUGCCUCUGGAUUAUAAGCAAGAGAGACGUUAUGUCCUCACCAUCACAGCCUCUGAUCGCACACUUCAUGAUACAUGCCAUGUACAUGUUAAUAUCACAGAUGCAAAUACACACCGUCCAGUAUUUCAGAGUGCACAUUAUUCAGUAAAUGUCAAUGAAGAUCGUCCAGUGGGGAGUACUGUAGUGGUAAUCAGUGCUUCAGAUGAUGAUGUUGGGGAUAAUGCAAGGAUUACCUACUAUUUAGAGGAUAACAUUCCUCAGUUUCGAAUUGAUCCAGACUCCGGUGCCAUAACGUUACAGACAGAGCUUGACUAUGAAGAUCAAAUGACUUACACACUUGCCAUCACUGCCAAAGACAAUGGGAUUCCACAGAAAUCUGACACAACCUAUGUCGAAAUCAUGGUCAAGGAUGUCAAUGAUAAUUCACCGGUGUUUGUAAACGCCCAGUACCAGGGCUCCGUCUCUGAAGACGCCCCACCUUUUACCAGCGUCUUGCAGAUAUCGGCUACUGACCGUGAUGCCCAUGCUAAUGGAAGGGUUCAGUACACUUUCCAGAAUGGAGAGGAUGGGGACGGAGACUUCACAAUUGAACCAACAUCAGGGAUUGUCCGAACUGUUCGAAGACUUGAUCGGGAGAGUGUUCCGAUAUAUGACCUCACUGCCUAUGCAGUAGAUCGGGGGAUCCCUGUUCAUAGGACUCCAGUUCAUGUUCAUGUCAGUAUUUUGGAUGUGAAUGAUAAUGCACCAGUAUUUCCUGCUGAUGAAUUUGAAGUCUUUGUGAAGGAAAACAGUAUUGUUGGUUCAGUGGUGGGAAAAAUCACAGCAGCUGAUCCAGAUGAGGGGUCAAAUGCUCAGAUUAUGUACCAAAUUGUGGAAGGCAACAUUCCUGAGAUCUUCCAGUUGGAUAUCUUUUCUGGAGAACUCACAGCUCUUACUGACCUGGACUAUGAAAUAAAGUCUGAAUAUGUGAUUGUAGUGCAAGCGACCUCCGCACCUCUUGUGAGCCGGGCUACUGUGCAUAUUCGUCUGAUUGACCAGAACGACAAUAGUCCUGUCCUUAAGAACUUCCAAAUAAUUUUUAACAACUAUAUAUCAAACAAAUCAAACACCUUCCCUUCAGGAGUCAUUGGCAAGAUCCCAGCCUAUGAUCCUGAUGUUUCAGAUCGACUGUUCUACACUUUCGAGCGAGAAAAUGAACUGAGUUUAAUAAACCUCAAUCAGACAAGUGGAGAACUACGGCUGAGUCGAAAGCUAGACAAUAAUCGUCCACUUGUGGCUUCUAUGUUGGUGACGGUCACAGAUGGGAUUCAUAGUGUGACUGCACAGUGUGUUCUGAGAGUAAUUGUCAUUACGGAGGAGAUGUUAUCCAACAGCAUCACAGUGCGUCUGGAGAACAUGUCACAGGAACGGUUCCUCUCUCCUUUGCUGAAUCGCUUUGUGGAGGGACUGGCAGCAGUGUUGUCAACCUCCAAGGAGGACAUCUUUGUUUUCAACAUCCAGAAUGACACUGAUGUCAGCGGCAGCAUUCUGAACGUGAGUUUUUCUGCCAUGGUUCCAGGUGGGAGCCAGAGCCAGUUCUUCUCUUCCAACGAGCUUCAGGAGCAGCUGUAUAUGAGCCGGAUGUUGCUGACCUCGGUCUCCAUGCUGGAGGUCCUUCCGUUUGAUGACAAUGUCUGUCUCCGGGAGCCCUGUGAAAACUACAUGAAAUGUAUCUCGGUGCUAAAGUUUGAUAGCUCUUCGGCAUUCAUUGCUUCAGAGUCCAUGCUCUUCCGGCCCAUCCAUCCCAUCACGGGUCUGCGUUGCCGCUGCCCACCAGGAUUUACAGGAGAUUACUGUGAGACAGAGAUCAACCUUUGCUACUCAAAUCCCUGCCAGAAUUCUGGAGUAUGCAGUCGCAGAGAGGGUGGAUACACAUGUGUUUGCCGUGAGGAGUUCACAGGUGAUCAUUGCGAAGUGGACAGUCAGUCUGGGCGUUGCUCUCCCGGUGUGUGCAGAAAUGGCGGAACCUGCACGAACCUCCCAGCAGGCGGAUUCCAGUGUAAUUGUCCUUCAGGAGGAUAUGAGAAGCCAUACUGUGAAGUGACAGCCCGAUCUUUCCCACCAAAGUCGUUUGUGAUGUUUCAUGGCCUGCGACAAAGAUUUCACAUGACAAUCUCCCUGUCGUUCGCUACACAAGAAAAUAAUGGCCUCCUGUUCUACAACGGGCGAUUUAAUGAAAAACAUGAUUUUAUCGCAGUGGAAAUCAUUGAUAGACAGGUCCAGUUGAAGUACUCAACAGGCGAGUCAAUGACGUUGGUAACCCCAUAUCUUCCUGGAGGUGUCAGUGAUGGGCAGUGGCACACUAUACAAGUUCAGUACUACAAUAAGCCAAAAGUUGGGUCAAUAGGAAUUGCACAAGGUCCCUCAGAGCAGAAGGUAGCAAUCCUAACAGUUGAUGACUGUGACACCUCCAUUGCUGUCCGUUUUGGGGAUGAUAUUGGAAAUUAUUCAUGCGCUGCAGAGGGUGUACAAUCCAGUUCCAAAAAGUCCCUGGAUCUCACUGGUCCUUUACUGCUUGGGGGAGUCCCAAACCUACCUGAGAAUUUCCCGGUGAUUAACAGGGAGUUUGUGGGAUGUAUGAAAGAACUUCACAUUGAUAGCAAGCGUGUUGACAUGGCAGCUUACAUUGCUAAUAAUGGUACCUUUCCAGGGUGCAAUAUGAAACAGUCAUUCUGUGAUUCAAAUCCAUGUAAGAAUGGAGGCACAUGCAUGGUUAUCUGGGAGACUUUUCUCUGUGAAUGUCCUCUGGGAUUUGGAAGCAAGGACUGCGGGCAAGUGAUGCACCAUCCAUACCAUUUUCAAGGAAAUAGUUUACUCUCCUGGGAUUUUAAGAAUGACGUGAAGAUCUCAAUUCCAUGGUUCCUAGGACUUAUGUUCCGAACACGUCACGCUGAAGCUGUGCUGGUGCAAGCUCAUGCUGGACAGUAUACUACCAUUGUCUGCCAGUUGAACUCUGGACAUCUAUCGUUUGCUGUCAAUCGAGGGACCAGUCGAACGAUAAGGUUGCUGCUGAAUCGGAUGCCAUUGAAUGAUGGGAAGUGGCAUGAUCUUCAACUAGAGCUGCGAGAUGUGAGGAAUGGGCGUGAUAUUCGAUACAUAGCAACGAUCACUAUUGAUUUUGGACUUUAUCAGGAUACAGUUGUCGUUGGCAAUGAGUUACAUGGGCUGAAGUUGAAGCAUCUUCAAGUUGGUGGUAUACUCAGAGCUGGUGAGGUGCAGAAUGGAUUGGAUGGCUGUAUCCAGGGAGUGCGUCUUGGUGAGACCUCUAUUGGAAUUGCAAUGCCAAAACCGAGUCGGACUAUGAACGUAGAAUUAGGCUGCACUGUCCCUGAUCCAUGUGACUCCACCUCGUGCCCACCUAACAGCUACUGCAGCGAUGAAUGGCAGAGUUACUCUUGUAUCUGUGAGCCAGGUUACUAUGGUGAGUCUUGUAUCGAUGCCUGUCAGCUGAAUCCAUGUGAGAAUGAAUCCGUUUGUCGUCGCAAACCCAGUUCUUCUCACGGGUACACAUGUGAUUGUGGAGAGAACCAUUUCGGCCAGUACUGUGAACACAGAAUUGACCACCAGUGUCCCAAAGGCUGGUGGGGGAAUCCAACUUGUGGACCUUGCAACUGUGAUAUCAAAAAGGGCUUUGACCCUGACUGCAACAAGACAAAUGGUCAAUGCUAUUGUAAGGAGUUUCACUAUCGGCCUGUUGGAAGCGAUGCAUGCCUACCUUGUGACUGCUAUCCCAUUGGCUCGUUUUCCAGGUCAUGUGAUCAAGAAACCGGCCAAUGUCACUGUAGAUCAGGAGUGAUUGGACGUCAGUGCAACCAGUGUGAUAAUCCUUUUGCGGAGGUCACGCACAAUGGGUGUGAAGUGAUAUAUGAUGGAUGCCCCAAAUCACUCAAGGCUGGCGUUUGGUGGCCCCGAACAAAGUUUGGAGUCCCAGCAGCUGUAUUGUGCCCAAAAGGUUCCCUUGGCGUGCGGGCUGAUGGUACUGUGAUUCGCCACUGUGGGGAGGAACAUGGUUGGAUGGAACCAGAUCUUUUUAACUGUACAUCGCCACCACUCAUGCAAUUGGCAGAGACUCUGGAAAGGCUGGAGAGGAAUGAAACUGAACUAAAUACCAUUGAGGCAAAGAAACUUGCCCGACACAUGCGUACAGUCACUGAGGAGAUGGACCAGUACUUUGGAAAUGACAUCCACAUUACAUAUCGCCUUCUCUUGAAGAUGCUUGAAUUUGAGUGUAGACAACGUGGAUUCAAUCUUACAGCAACACAGGAUGUGCACUAUACAGAGAACCUCCUGAGAACAGGAAGUGCAGCUCUGGACCUGGAAAAUGCAAAACAUUGGAAUGUACUUCAGCAAACAGAACGAGGAACAGCUCAUCUGAUGGAACAAAUUGAAGAAUACAUGAAGACAUUGACACGAAACAUGAAACUCACCUACCUCAAUCCAGUUGCUAUUGUAACCCCCAAUAUAAUCCUAACUAUUGAUCAUGUGGAGAAUAGUACAAAGACAAGGAAGCGAUUUCCCCGGUACCACAGCAGACUGUUUCGUGGCCAGUCUCCAUGGGAUGCACAUACACAUAUUGUGCUGCCAACAUCUGUUUUAUUUCCAUCAAAAUUUAAAGCUGUACCCACCUUCAAAGCAGAGAAUUCUAUCCAAGUGCGGAAUGAAACUAGUAAAGUUUUACACCAACGGAUUUUACCAGAGACUGAGCCCACUAUGACCAUCCUGAUCCUCCUCAUUUAUCGGACACUAGGUAGCUUAUUACCUGCCCGAUUCAACACAGAUCGCCGUAACUUAAGACUUCCAAAGCAUCCUGUGUUAAAUUCUCCAAUUGUGACUAUCUCCAUCUUCAACAACAACACCUUUGUCCGUGGAGCUUUGAACCCACCACUAACCCUGGAAUUCCGUUUAUUGGAGACUGCCAAUCGCAGCAAGCCUGUAUGUGUCCAGUGGAAUCAUUCUAGUCUAUCUGAACCAGCUGGUACUUGGACAACAAAGGAUUGUGACCUUGUUCACCGAAACACCACCCAUGUCCGAUGUCAGUGUUCACAGCUUGGCAUCUUUGGAGUUCUCAUGGACAUUUCACAUCGUGAGCAGCUGGAAGGAGAUCUAGAGACCUUGGCGAUCGUUACCUAUUCAACUAUCAGUGUGUCUCUUGUGGCACUGCUUCUGACUUUCUUCAUCCUGACUUGUCUAAAUGGGCUCAAAUCCAACAGUCGUGGUAUCCAUUGCAACAUUGCAGCAGCCAUCUUCUGUGCAGAGCUUGUCUUCCUUUUGGGAAUCAAUCAAACAGAAAAUCAGUUUCUGUGCACAGUGAUUGCCAUUUUGCUGCACUACUUUUUCAUGGCAACCUUUGCUUGGAUCUUUGUGGAGGGACUGCACAUCUACCGGAUGCAAACUGAAGCUAGGAACAUCAACUACGGUGCUAUGCGAUUCUACUAUGCCAUUGGUUGGGGAGUGCCUGCCAUAAUCACAGGUCUUGCAGUUGGUCUGGACCCAGAAGGUUAUGGAAAUCCUGAUUUCUGCUGGAUCUCUGUGCAUGAUAAGCUGAUCUGGAGUUUUGCUGGACCAAUUGCUGUUGUUAUUGUGAUGAACAUUGUCAUCUCAUUAUUGGUAGCAAGAAUGUCCUGUGUUCCAACACAGAAGGAAGCCAAGAAAAGAUCAAUUCUUACUACAAUUCGAAGCUCCUUCAUUCUGCUGCUUGUUGUUAGCGCCACAUGGCUUUUCGGGCUGAUGGCUGUCAACAACAGCAUCCUUGCUUUUCACUACCUCUACACUGUUCUCUGCUGUUUACAGGGAUUGGCAGUCCUAAUAUUGUUCUGUAUCCUGAGUGAAGAAGUGCAGGAAGCCUGGAAAUUGGCUUGCCUUGGAAAGAGAAGCCAGGGUGAUGAUACAACACGAGCACCUCAGCUCUCGGGUUCCCAUCCAUACAAUAACACAUCACUGUUUGAGGAAAGCGGAUUACAUCGGAUAACACUUGGGACAUCAACAAUAUCAUCAGUUAGCACUGCCCGGUCUGCACGGACUCACUCCAGCCAGCCUGGCUAUCUCAGAGAAAAUUUGUUGGUACAACAGGGUUCUGCCUUGGAUCAAACCUUGUUGGGUCACACUGGGCCUACUGACAUAGAUGUUGCAAUGUUUCAUCGACCACAGGAUGCAGGUGGAGGAGGAGACAAUGAUUCUGACACUAAUAGUGAUUUGUCAUUGGAUGAGGAACGUAGCCUUUCUUUAGCGUCAUCAGAAAGUGAGGAAAAUGAACGAUAUCGAGGACGCUUUCCACGCCGAUUUAAGCGAACGGCAAACAGUGAACGGCUGCUUACUGAUCCCCUGCAUACAACUCCUAAAGAUUGUGAUGGCAAUGAUUUAAUAUCCUAUUGGCCAGCACUGGGUGAGUGUGAAGUCCAUGCCUGCUCACUGCAGAAGUGGGGCUCAGAAAGAAAGUUGGGCCUUGAUUUCAAUAAGGAUGCCACUAACAACAACCAACCUGACCCAUCCAAUGCAAGCGGUGAUGAGAAUACACCAACCCAUCUAUUAAAACAAGACCGACAGCGAAAAGGAAUUCUGAAAAACAGAAUGCAAUACCCAUCUGCAACACUGAAGAAUGAAAGUUCAAAUUCCAUCAACAGAAUGCAGAUUGAGUUGCCUUGGUACAAUACUUCAACGCUAGGUCCCAGGGUUGUUCCAGCAGCCUCCUAUGGCCGUAUGUACUCCGGCGCAGGAAGUCUGUCUCAACCGGCCAGCCGAUAUUCAUCGCGUGAACAGUUGGAUAUGCUAGUCAGGAGACAUAUGUCCAAGGAACAGCUGGAUGCACUCUCCAGCAGACAUGCAUCACGAGACCGACUAGAAACUGUUCCCAGCCGGCAUGGGUCCAGAGAACAGCUAGACACAAUCCCAAGUAGGCAUGCUGCUAGAGAACAUCAAGACAGAGUGCCGAGUAGACAUGGGUCCAGAGAACAGCUAGACUCAAUACCAAGGAGGCAUGGUUCCAGAGAACAUCUAGAUGUGUUACCUGUAAGACAAAUGUCCAAGGAAUGGCUAAACACUGUGCCCAAUAGGCAAAUGUCUAGAGAGCAGAUGAACACGGUUCCCAGUAGGCAUGCGUCCCGGGAACAUUUAGAGGCACUGCCAAAUAAACAACCCUCCAGAGACCAUGUAGAUGCCCUAUCUAGAAGACAACCAUCUAGAGAGCAACUAGGUCUAACAUCAAGUCAAUAUUCUUCACGAGAGCAACUCGACUCAAUGUCUCGCAGGUACUUAUCCAGAGAGCGUUUGGAUCCAGUGCCUAGCAGGCAUCCCUCCAGAGAACAGCUAAAUACUCUUCCCAGAAGACAACCUUCCAGAGAGCAACUAGGGCCACUACCAAGCCGGCAACCCUCUACAGAGCAGUUGGAUAUUCUAUCCUCCAUCCUUGCUUCUUUUAAUUCUUCUGCCCUUUCUUCUGCUCCCUCCACCACCACUCCAUCUGCCCCACAGACGACUUUUACCCCUCCAGGGGCACAGACAUCCUCAAUGACCUCUGCCCCAUGCCCUUCAACACCGCACUCUGCAACAUCUCACAGCAUCUCAGAGAUUUCGCCAGAUUCAGAAAUGGCAAGAACUGACACGCAGUCUUGAGGCAAUAUCACUUUCCUGUGUCUGCGUUUUGUCUCUGGAUACCCGAAGGCUGAAGUGGCACGAAGACCAAAUGUUACUGAGAAACAGGACAAAUCACUCUACCUAAAACCAAGGGAUCAAAGCAGUUAGCCACAGCCUGCAGAAUAUUGGGUCCUUAAACAAAAGGGAAAUAGAUAUUACUUCAUUCUCAAAAUUGUUCCUAUCAGAGGACCUUAUCAACUUUUAAAAUCGCACUGAUUCGGGCACCAAUGUGAGUGCCAAAAAAGCAAAGAAUAUUGAACAUUCCAGACUAGAGAAUAUUAAUUUCCACACCCACUUGAGAGAGAGAUGAUCUCCUCUAUUAGCGGCAACAUUCAUCUUUCUCUGUAGAGUUUUAUGGUAGAUAACAGGGUAGAUAGGUUAAAUAAGGAAGAAAACUACUGCCAUCCUCUAGUGUUCAAGCUCAAGAUCUGCAACAGCCUAUAUUUCUUCAAGUUCUCAUUAAUCUUUACAGUGGAAUAAUUACAGGCUCAUGUUAUCCAUUGGAAGUGAUAAAUAUUAAUAUGGUAAUAACUGCAUUUGGGACUAAUUGAGAGUUUACUCUAUUCAUACUGUAAGUAGCAACAUGUAGUUUGCUCCUCCAGUACAGCCUGAUGGAGAUUGACUUGCAAUCCAGUAUCUCUUUGUUCAGGAGGAAAUGAUGCAAUUGAUGAGUUUGGAGUUGUCCAGUUUAUGCCAAUCUGCAUCAUAUAGAACAUGUUACUGAAUAACCUGCUGUUGUGAAUAAUUUCACUCCCCCUCACAAGUGCACAAAUAAGCAUUGCACUGCCAAAUCAGUACAUGCACUCAGAUGACUCAGUUUAAUCUGGUGAGUUGAGAAGAUGGUGCAAUUAGCCAUUCACAAGGCUCCUUUAAGAAAACAUGCAAAAUCGCUCCAACAAACUUUUUAUCUAAAAUAAUGGAACCAUUAUUUUUAUAAACGUGUUUCCAGUUGUGAUAUUUGAAGGUUCUGCACUAUUAUGGUACGUAAAUGCUUAUAUGACAGGCAAGGCACCCUAAAUCUUUGUCCAGGAAAUAAAUCUAUUCAUUAAGUAGAGGAGGGCUUCACAGCAGAAAUCAUCAUUAUAUCGUGGUCAGGAGACAUAUAAAUCUUAAACAAGAGUUUAUUUAUAAACAUAGUACAUACUGGUUAAGUUCAUGCUGUAAUGUAGCUCAUAAAUUUCUCUGUGCAUUCCUACUCAACACGGUGUUCACAAAAUAAGCUAAUGCACAUCUUAACAGUGGAAUGCAACUUCUGAGAAUCUCAAAUGAAUAUUAUCCAUAUAUUCCAGAAAUGCAGGUGUACAGUUCCAGAAAUUCUAGUGAAUUCUAGUUCUGACCGGGUAUAAUCUGUUGCAGGAUAAUAA